AUGCUGAACCAACAGCCGACCACCCGCCAGUUCUGGGGUAAAGCUCUGGUGCUUUGCGCUUGUCUCCUGACGCUGCUGUUUCUGUACGGGUACAGUUACGGGGGGUGGAACCCGCUGGAAGACCGGGGCGCGCCACGGUGGGCUGCGAUCUUUUCAGCUCUCCCGAAGGAAUUUCUCCCCGACUACAAGAACCCGUGUUGGUUCGAGAAGGUGCAGGGAACAGACGUGGAUUCGCGGUGGCGGGAGGGACGCUCUGACAACGGGACCGGGCAAUUUAGGUUGAGAUGUUUACCGUACUUUUACAUUAUCGGUAUGCCGAAGUGCGGAACCACGGAUCUCUACUACCGCAUCAACCAACACCCGGAUGUUGUCAGUGCUAGUAAAAACGAACCGAACUGGUGGACUCUGGAUCAACACCAACAUCUCGGUAAAUAUCUGGAUUAUUUUGAUGAUGCAGCCUGGGAUAUCUGGCACCGGACCCGGAAACGCUGGACUUCAUUCGGAGAAGAAGUUGUCAGUCAUGACGUCAUAACAGGAGACGGCGAUCCCAUCACAAUAUUUUACAACGACCACUGGAGAGAGGAACUAUGGGACACUCCAAACAACGAGCCGCCGAUCCUGAUAGCGGACUUGAUCCGGGCUGUACAGCCAAACGUCAAGUUCAUCCUCACACUUAGGAACCCUACAGAUAGGUUGUACUCCGACUAUCUCUUCUGGAAGUUCUUACAUGUGAAGAGGUCAAAUACAGAUUUCCACACGAGGGUUCGCCUGCGGCGGGGGCUGUACGAGGUGUACCUGCGGGACUGGUUGUCUAUUUUCCCGCGUGACCAGAUUCUCGUUCAGCGUCUAGAGGAUCAUGCUAGGGACCCAAACACAACCAUGACGAGGGUUCUCAACUUCCUGGAUCUUGGACCUGUCCGAAAAAAAUCCAUCUUCGGCUUCCGCAAGAGAAAUUCCCAGAAAAGAAAGUAUGACAGCAUAGGCCAGAUGUUGCCGAAGACCCGGCGGAUUCUGAACGAGUUUUACCGACCGUACAACGAGCGACUUGCGGAGCUUUUAAACAAUGCGGACUUUCUGUGGCAGAAGGAGAGUUCUGUCUGAGACUCUUUGUAUAUUUGUUUGACCAACCAGUCAUUCUCAAACCUAAGUUCGUAGAUUUAAGUAGAGGGAAACACAGGAGAAACACACAUAGCAGAAGAGGAGAAUCUCCUGUGUGUAUCCUCCGUUUUCCCUGGUUAGGUGGUUCCUAAUGUUUGCUUUGGAGAAUAUAUAUUCGAAAGGUUUCCUUAUUGCCAAUUAGAAACUGUGAUUCCAAUGUGUUUCUCAUGAGUUUCAUGGUAAUCAAUCACUAAUAGGAGGAGAGCAUAGCAACAGCAUGCUGGCAGGUCCUUGUGUUUCUGUUGGUGGGGUAGUUGGUCACGGAUAUCAGAUAUAUUGAUUCUUUUGCGUUUCGAUAGCACUCUCUUGUAAAAAUUAAACCGUAGUUUCAGGUGAAGAUCUUAAAUGUACAUUAUGAAGUGUCCAUCCUCGCAUGGGCCGAUUUUGUUUUUAAUUCGAUUUUGAACAGUCCGUUUCUACAUAAGGAGAAGGGCGGAGUGAAAAUUGCUGAACUUGCUCAUAAGCAAAUACCUUUCUAGUCUAAAUUCCAAUUUUCUAAGUGUGGACACUCGUUUGGGUGCCUUGGCAAUCAUAUGUGAAAUAAGCAUUUCCCAAGACAUUGUGGACGCUAAAUAAGUUCCUAUAUACUUAUGAGACU